AUGUUCAGCGACCGGUCUGUUCGCUCCAUUAAAUCAAAGGAAAAAUGUUACACAUGCCGACGGCAACGGAUUGUGUGUGAUGCUGGGAAGCCAUCCUGUAUGCGAUGCACAUCCCGAGGAGUCGAAUGUCUGGGAUACUCGGCUACACCUAUUCGCUGGGUAGCGCCUAUAUCAACUCUUUCUUCGGAAACACCAAGACCCUCGGACAUUCGCCCUGUCAAAAGCCAGGAAAGGAGAAAACGAGGACGACCGAAGCUAUUCCUCAUGCAGGCAGCGCCUCAGUCCUCCAGAUUUGGAUCAGAUCCACAUCGAUCUGAUGAAGAUCUCGAAUCGGAGAAAGGUACGCAUACUGGAAGUACCAGCAGGACUGCAGCCGUACUAGCGAGCACUAACCUAAUUGCUGCGGUCUGUCAGCAGGCGUGCUGGUCUUUCGCUCGAGAUCAAAUCCAAAAAUCCCUUGUCAACGACCACGUCUGUCCGGACUUGGUCAUUGUAGAUUCUCCUAUGAAUCCACACCGGAUGAAUCUCGACAUACUCCCCUAUGUCCCCGAUUUCUUUCUCAGUCUUUUGAUUUCUGUCUCUGCAAUUCAUCAAGUGAUCCAGUCGCAGCCCAAUUGGCAUCUAAUCACGCUCAAUCGAUCUCAGGCCUUACGCGAUAAGCACCGUGGCGAACUGGAGCCUCUCCAAUUGCUUCGCCAUCCCUUAAGCUCUCUAAUCUACAAGCACCGAUCACGGUCGUUACGAGGAUUGAACCAGUAUUUGUCCGAAGCAGGAGCAGAGGGGCCAGAUCUGGUCUUCCAUACUGUUACUGUCAUGCUCCUGUCCGAGGUGUGCAACGUCUCUGUUUUCAAACUACACUCCGACGGGCUGGAAAAAGGGUUUCCGUGCCCCGAUGAGCUCUUGGCAUGUAUCAUCCAUACGAACAACCUCAGGUUUAUCCAACAUCACCAUCCCUUUGAUGACAUGGCGCACGUGGACAAUGCUAUUCUAGACCUGGUUCGCACCAUCAUCACAUUCUCUGCCACGGCUUGGGCCGAACGGGCCUUCGAAUCCUACAACGAGAGACUGGAAGAACGCGUUGACAGACAGCGGCCGCGAAAGCGAUUGGACCUUGUUCCGCAGCCAAUUGAAGGCGAAGGCUGGGCGGAUCUUGCGUCUGCAUUCCAGGCGGCGACCUUGCUCUACUGCCUCAGAGCAUUAGUCCUCAAUCAUGGAAAAGAGAACAUCCUUCACGAGUUGUUGGGCAACCUUUAUGAAGGCCUCAUCCCGGACGUCCAGUGCCUUGCCAGCGUGACCCUGAGCAACCUUCUCUGCAUGCUUCAUCCUCUGAUGGACCGACCGCUCCAAAAAGGCAGGUCAAUGGGCCGCUUCAUGUUCUGGCCUGUUUUGAUGGCGGGACUAGAAAGCGCCUGCAGUUUCGAGGCGUUAUCUGAGAGGCCAUUCAUUGUAAGCUCUUUGCAGGAGCUUUGUCGAUGUCUCGGCGAUAUGAGCGCCCUUGAUGCAGCAGUGUUUCUCCAGUGGGCAUGGAACCUAGAUGAGGAAAGUUAUACAGGGAAUAUGCAAAGAGUGCGCACUUGGGACGACGUUUUUGAGGGAGUGGGUGUCCAUGGUGUUUUCUUUUUCUGA